AGUGAAAUGCACAAGCCAUGAAAUAAGAUCUGAUGAAUUUACGGUGAUGAAAUGUUAGUCACAAAAUGCGAAAAGCGCGGACGGUUGUGUUAUCCGUCGGUCUGCUGGUGCUGAUUUCCCAACUGGGUACAAUUUUCGCGUGGAAAUAUAAGUAUUACAAAGGGAUACUCUUGCUUUCGAAGGACCUGUGCGCUAACAGGUGCAAGCUGAAACAUGGGUUCUUCAAAGACGGCAACGGCGUCUAUCAACCGGCUUCUGUAGCGAAGAGAUACCUCAUCAAAUGCCAGUGCAUGGUUUCUCGCCAGCUCAAGACAUACAUCAAGAAAAGAUGGGGUAGAACGGCAUCAACAUGGUACAGUUUCUACAACUUCUUCGGGAUGAAGAAGCGGUCGCGGAAGUACCUGGAGAAGCGGAUCGUGAAAGAAAAGAAAAAGAAAAAAACAUUCGUCGAGGAAAUCGAGUUCAUAACGUACGAGAAGCUGCAAGGAAUGAUGGAGAAAACCGAGGAGAUAAAGCGGAGUUGGAGUUCCGGUUCAAGCUCUUCCUCCCAGACAGGGUCGGGGGCAGGGAGACUGCCCUCCGACGAAGUAAUCAAGAACACGAAGCUAGAGGUUGAGAUUCAGACUUUCGGGGAGGACGGAAAGCCAAUACCGGGUAAAAAGCGAAAAGUGGCUCUCAACACCGGGGAGACUAAGGUACUCCAAGACCUGCUCGAGGAUGUGGUGGGGAGGGUCAAGAGAGAAGAUGGUAGUGAGGCAUCGAUGGCAAGUGUGGCGAUGACUCGAACCACGUCGUCGACGAUAACUUGCGGCCACCAUUGAUCUGACCAUCUGACUCACAGGCUCUGCCGUGAUAGCGAAGGCAGCAGUGAGUGCAAAAAUAGCUUCUUUCGUUAAAAGUUUCCUGUCAGAUUUCUCAAAACUCUUUUUUGCGCUUACUGCUCUCUCCGCUAACACGGCAGAAUGAAAGAGCGGUGACCAAUCUUCGUGAUUUUAUGGAUUCCCAAAAGACCACAACUACCGUGAUAGCGAGGAGAGCAGUGAGUGCAAAAAUAGCUUCUUCCAAUAAAAUUUUUCGGUCAGACACUUCUGAACCCGUUUUCUCAAAACUUAAUUUUUUUGCACUUAAUGCUCUUUUCGCCAUCACGGCAGUGUAGUGGUCUACUGGGAAUCCAUUAAAUCAUGAAGAUUGGAAACCGCUCUUUUUUGCUGCCGUGCUAGCGAAGGGAACAGUGAGUGCAAAAAUGGCUUCUUUCGAUGAAAUUUUCCCGUCAGACGCUUCUCAGCCCGUUUUCUAAAAACUCUAUUUUUGCAUUUACUGCUCUCUUCGCUAUCACGGCAGAAUGAAAGAGCGGUUUCCAAUUUUCAUGAAAUUAUGGCUUCCCAAAA